CCUUUUUCCUCCUGGAUUAAAUACAAAAGCAUCCGAGAAGUAAAUGGGCGUUUUCGUGUCUUCUAAUAUUCAAGCCACUUUACUACACUACUAUGUCGUCAUUACAUCCAACUGCUGCCAAUGGCUUUGAUAAACAAGCUGAUGCUUACGCCCAAACGCGACCUAGUUACCCAAAAGAAUCUCUGGAUCAAUUACAAUCGUUGGUGCCUGAUGUUGAUGCUUGCAUUGUGGACUUAGCAGCGGGUACGGGUAUUUUCACCAAACUGCUAGUCGAUCGGGGCUACAAGAACGUUACCGCUGUGGAACCCGUCGAGGCUAUGCGUGAAAAACUCAAGUCUUUUCUUCCCAAUGUUCCAACGUUGAAUGGAACGAGCUGGGAGAUUCCCUUACCUUCGGAAUCGCAAGAUGCUGUUGUGGUCGCUCAAGCUUUCCACUGGUUCAGCGAUUUGAACAGUCUGAAGGAAAUUCGCCGGGUGCUCAAGCCAAACGGCUAUUUCAUUAUGAUAUGGAACUUGGAAAGCCCUCGUAGUCUCUGGGUUCGCGGUUUGAGAAACAUCUAUGAAAGAUACGAGAAAUCAGCUCCUCAGUACAGAACAGGCGCUUGGCGUGCUGUUUUUGAGAAAGAAGAAGCUAGCGACUUGUUCCAACUGCCACUGAAUCAUGCCCGAUUUGAAAACGACUUUCUGGUCCGUAAGGAGAACAUCUUUACACGCGUCAAUACUAAGAGUUACAUUGCCAUAUUGUCCGAUGAACAGCGAGGCGUUCUUACCAAGGAGAUGGAGUCUAUCCUUGAUGAUCCUGCUAACGGAUGUUCGUUAGACGACCAGGGCCUUACAAUGUACCCUCAUGAUACCGACACUUACUGGACUCAGCGACGCAAUUAAUCAGCUCACAUCAGCAAUGGUUUAGAGUAUCUUUUAAUGGCUGUUGUUGGUAAAUGUUUAGAGUCACAGUAGAUGGAUACUACCACUUCUUAAUAAAGGUUCAAUUUCAGUAACCAC